AUGAUGAGAGCCAGUGAAGCAGAAAAUCAGACAGAGACACAGUCAGAUAAUACGAGAGAAAAACAGUCAGGUAGGCAAAGAGACAGUCAGUCCAACAGGCAAGCAGAAAGAAACAGUCAGUCCAACAAUCAGGUAGGCAAAGAGACAGUCAGUUCAACAGGCAAGCAGGAAGAGACAGUCAGUCCAACAGGCAAGCAGAAAAAGACAGUCAGUCCAACAGGCAAGCAGAAAGAGACAGUCAGUCCAACAGGCAAGCAGAAAGAGACAGUCAGUCCAACAGGCAAGCAGAAAGAGACAGUCAGUCCAACAGGCAAGCAGAAAAAGACAGUCAGUCCAACAGGCAGAGACAGUCAGUCCAACAGGCAAGCAGAAAGAGACAGUCAGUGCAGUCGAGACACAAACUACUGA